ACUGCACACCGUUCAGCUUCUUUCGCCGCCGUCGCCGCAGCACUCGCAGAAAACGAUUCUUCUCGACACUACCACACCCUAUUCGAGCGAUGAUGAAUCUCAACAAGUGCAGAAUCAGGCUCUAUCAACAUAGAACCUCACCAGCCUUCCAUACAAAAAUUGACAUAGGUGUUAUUUCCCAAAUAAUCGGGAAAAAAUCGAAGUUACUCGCCAUUGAUCAUUUCACCGUUCAAUCUUUUGAUUGUUUAAUACUGACCAUGUUUCUGGUCAAGGUAAGAAAUUUAUGGCCCUUUACUUUGUUCUGUGGGUUAUCUACAAUUCAACGUUAUAUCGUCUCUGUUCACUUUUCUAUUUUUCCGUGUUCUUUUACUGAUGUUGGUGCCAGACAUGGAGAUAAAUAUCAUUUGUGUUGUAUGGCUACAAGAAUUUCACCAAAUUUGGUUUUAUGUCCCAUG